ACGCGAUUCAAUUUAACCGUUUUGGGAAAUUCACCCAAUAAACAACCACAAAAACACACAAGCUCACCGCGCGCUCAAUCGCUCCAGAACAGCCAAGGACAAGACCUUCUACCCUCAAUUAUAACCACAACCCCAAUUUGCAGAUAUUAAAAACAAGAAAAUGGACAUUGAUGAUAUUCUCGCUUCCGUCGAUCGACCUGACUUCACGUCGCCAGAGGCCGCCGCGCUCGAUGCUCAGCAACUGACGCGAUUCUGGGUGACGGAGAGGGGCGUGCCGGAGCUGUUGCCAUGGCCGGGCCCGCUGAUGGAGAGAGUUAUGGAGAGGGUUCGAAGACAGAUUGAAAAAAUCGAAGACCUCACCGCCGCCGCCUCCGAUCCCUCCGCGACAAACCCAUCAACAAACCCAACCACAAACCUCAAACUCUCCAUCCUGCAAACAGACCUCUCACGCACCCAAUAUAUAAUCCGCUCCUUACUACGCCAGCGCCUCUCAAAACUCACAAAGCACAGCCUACACUAUCUCCUCCUCUCCACCCCCCUCCCCUCGUCAUCCGUCGCCUCCUCACAAUCCCACGAACAAUCCUCCCAAGCAACCUUCAACACACCCACACCCACCCAUCCCCGCCGCACAGCCACAAACGCCUAUAAAUCAUCAAUCAUAGACCAACACCAACAACCCCUCCUCUCCCCGCAAGAAUCCGCCUUCCUCCAAACCCACCAAUCCCUCCUAACGGCACACUACAACAACUCUUUCCUCUCAACUUUCCCCGCACAGCUGCGGCGAUUGGAUGACAAUGCUGGUGGGACAACUAUGAUCCAAGGCCCCGAGACGAAGGAGGUGGUGUUCGUGCGCUGUUUGGUGGAUGAGGUCAGGAUUGUCAUCCCCUCUGGUGAGGGUGAUGGGAUGGGAGGCGAUGGGGAUGUUUAUGGUAGGAGAAUGAGGUGGGGGGAGGUUUGGAUUGCGCGGUGGGAAGGGGUUAAAGAGGCGUGGGCCAGGGGAGAGGUGGAGGUUUUAUGAUAUUGGCUUCUUCUUUUUUUUU